CCACCAGGAUCUCUAACCUACUCCCUUCAGGGAAUGCAGUACUCCUCGGCAGACAUAAUUUAAGCCACAGGCAUUCCUCCAUACUGUAUUCACCGUUGGCACAACAUGGCUGGCUUCAGGCAGGAGGAUGUUGAGGUGUUCUAUGAAAUGGGAGAGGAGUUGGGGAGCGGGCAGUUCGCCAUCGUCCGCAAGUGCAAGGACAAGGGCUCGGGCCAAGACUACGCCGCCAAGUUCAUCAAGAAGCGGCGCCUGUCGUCCAGCCGCCGCGGCGUGAGCCGCGAGGAGAUUGAGCGCGAGGUGAACAUCCUGCGCGAGAUCCAGCACAGCAACAUCAUCACGCUGCACGACAUCUUCGAGAACAAGACGGACGUCAUCCUGAUCCUGGAGCUGGUGUCCGGCGGCGAGCUCUUUGACUUCCUGGCCGAGAAGGAGUCCCUGACGGAGGAGGAGGCCACGCAGUUCCUCAAGCAGAUCCUGGACGGCGUCCACUACCUCCACUCCAAACGCAUCGCGCACUUUGACCUCAAGCCUGAAAACAUCAUGCUGCUGGACAAGAAUGUACCAAACCCCAGAAUCAAGCUCAUUGAUUUUGGGAUCGCUCACCAGAUCAAGGCAGGGAAUGAGUUCAAGAACAUCUUCGGAACACCAGAGUUUGUCGCACCAGAGAUAGUCAAUUACGAGCCACUCGGACUGGAAGCAGACAUGUGGAGCAUUGGAGUGAUAACUUAUAUUCUAUUGAGUGGUGCUUCACCAUUCCUGGGCGAGACCAAGCAGGAGACCCUCGCCAACAUCUCGGCCGUCAACUACGACUUUGACGAGGAAUACUUCAGCAAUACCAGUGAGCUGGCCAAGGAAUUCAUACGGCGCCUGCUGGUCAAGGAUCCCAAGAAGAGAAUGACCAUUGAUGAUAGCCUGGAGCAUGCUUGGAUCAAGGCGAUCAAGCGGCGCAACGUCCGCCCGGAAGACCACGGCCGCAAGUCGGAACGCCGGCGGCUGAAGACCACCCGUCUGAAGGAGUACACCAUCAAGUCCCACUCCAGCAUGCCGCCCAACAACACCUACGUCAACUUCGAGCGCUUCUCCCAGGUGCUGGAGGAGAUCGCCGUGGCGGAGGAGGGCCUGCGGGACCUGGAGCGCAACCAGCGCUCCUGUCGCGACGACGUGGCCGCGCUGCUCUCCAUCUACGAGGAGAAGGAGGCGUGGUACAAGGAGGAGAACCUGAGCAUCGCCAGCGACCUGGGCACCGUGCGGCAGGAGCUCCAGCGAGCUCAGACGCAGCGCCGGCAGAGCCAGGAGGAGGCCCGGGCGGCGAUGCUGGCGGCAAACGCCCUCAAGCGCAAGUUCGGCCGCCUGGAGAACCGUUACGAGGCGCUGGCGGAGCAGGUGGCCUCGGAGGUGCGGUGGGUAGAGGAUUUGGUCCGCUCCGUCUCCACCGAGAGCGCCGGCCUCAGCCCGGGAAGCAUGCCCUGAAACGAUCACUGUAGACCCGUCGCUUAUUUCCAACUGCAAGGUGAGCUGUGUUUCUGAUUGGCUGAUGCCGGCAGAUGUCACUUGUAUAACAGUCAAGUCGUCUGCUAGCCCUGCAGUUUGAUUUAAGGGUGUGUUGGCUCUUUGAUCUUAACAAAGACAUUUUCCACUCUCGUGGGCUCACUAUCAUUUCGGUCACAGCAGACCUUUUUUGCGGGGGAAGUUGCCGUCAUAAGUUACGGAAGAAACCGUGAUAGAAAUUUCCCCUCAGGAAUACAUGCAAGUCAAGUCUCAGAAGCACCAGCAAUUAAAGAAUGGGCUCAUAAUCGUUGCAAGUCGGCCAAGAGCAUGUCAUAAUGCUCAUUCCUUUUAUUUUAUAAAUAUAUUUAUAUUGUCUGAGAAUCUAUGCUUUUUAUAUCCAUGCUUUACUUAAUGAUGUAAUCUUGUAAAUUGUAUCAGCCAAUUGUUCUUUUUAGCCCCGCUUUUUUAAGCAGAACUGGAUCACCUUAAAGGUGAUGAGCUGCAAAUGUAUGUUCUACUCUGUCGCCCAAUACCCGGCAGCUUUCGUCUGUGUACAGUUCAGGGGAUAGAUUCUGCUUGCUAUUAUUUGCAGAUCUUCUUAUUGCAGAAUCAUCGCAACGCCUCUUAUUUUGUAAAGAACAUAAUUGAAUGCGAAAGUGUGAACCGAGCUUCAUAAUAUUCAGCUCACUUGUAAUGUUUUAAUCCAUCUUUGCCAGUGCCUGUUUACCUAUAGACAGACUUGAUUGCUUCUGUAAGCAAUCCUCUUUUUAUACUUAGUCAUGACAUUCCUAUUUCAUGGACACUGAUCAAUGUCUUACACACAUUAAGCCUUCUAUACCAAAUUGACUGCAUGAAAAUAUUCCAUUUAAUAUAAUUUACUUGUUUUGUUUGUUUUUUAGUUUCUAGUAUUUCUUACCAUGGUGGCUCACUUUCAGACAUUCCAUUAGUAAGUUUAACCGCAAUCUCCUUCCCCCUAUUUACCUUACAAACGACCAGUAGGCCUACCUAUACAGUACUGCUCAGUCUGUAGUCAAAUAUAUCGAUGUAUGUCUUAGCGGAUUAUAUUUUAAAUUUAUGUUUUCAUCAUCUCAAAUGCAAGAUGAAUUAUAUUAUGAAGUCAUUCUGUCUGUUCGUUUUCAUUGAAUAAACGCAUCACAGUA